CAUCAUAGACAGCGCUCAAGAGAUUAUUCGCUAAAAAAACAAUAUCUGUGAUUGCAUCAUGAGAGCUAUGAGUUAGACAACAAAAACUGCCGUCCUUUCGCCAAGUUCUACCGGAUGACCGACAUCGGGCCUGGCAUAAUUAUUUCUCUGGUCAAACGCCAUGUCAGUUGCAAGGACGAUCUGAUUCAAUCAUAAAACGACCUCUUGAUCCUAUCAUGUCAAUGGCAAUGCAAGCUUCGACAACUUUGUUUACUAACGGAAGAGUUUUCAAUGCGGCACGGCAGAAGGGAGAGCCAUCAUUUUAUGACUGGAUGCUCGUGGAGGAUGGUAUCAUUAAGGAUAUAGGGCAUGAUUCCGACGCCAGAUUGAAUGACAUCAAACAGAAUGUUUCUCAAUACCAUGAUUUGUCAGCUAAAACAAUCCUUCCCGGUUUUAUUGACGGACAUCUUCACCUGUUGCUUCUCGGCCAAUCCUUACAGAAGCUCGAUCUCUGGGGCUGUCAGAAUUUUGCUGAUAUUCGUGGCCGAAUCAAAGAAUAUGCAGCCAAACACCCGAAUUUGCCCCGCAUCAUGUGCGGUGGCUGGAUGAACUUCAUGACAAAUGGUGAGGCCAAGGCCAGCAUGUUGGAUGAUCUGGAUGAAAGGCCAAUUUUCAUCGACUCACGGGAUUUGCAUUCUGUCUGGUGUAACACAGCUGCAUUAAAGGAAAUGGAUGUCGACUCCAUGGUUGUACCGCCAGGAGGUCUCGUUGAACGGGACGAACAAGGCAAACCGUCUGGAUUAAUUGGAGAAGCAUGUGUACUUACCCAUGUCUGGCCACAUCUUGCUCGGGUCGCUAGCAUGGAAGAGAAGACUGCAGCCCUGAAGGCCGCGAUCGAUGUGUACACCAGAGCAGGUUACACCGGUUUGACCGACAUGGCAAUGGAUAUCAACGCAUGGGACGCGAUCAUGACUCUCUUCAAAAAACAGCCAGAAACGCCGAUGCGAAUUUCGGCAUAUUGGUUUAUUGCCCCAACUGACGACAUCACGGAAGCAUUUAUAGAACUAGAGAAGGCGAUUCAAAUGACAAAAGAGUUUGACACCAGUAAAUCACCAAACGCACGUAUCUUAGGUAUCAAAUUGAUUCUGGAUGGCGUCAUCGAUGCAUGUAGAGCGGCAGUCAGCCAACCAUAUUCCAGCAACGGCGGGCUUCCUGAACCACUGUGGAAGCCGGAGGUAGUAGAAGCCAUAGUCAAGAAAGCUGAUGAGGCAGGAAUACAAUGUGCGAUCCAUGCAAUUGGAGAUCUUGCCAUCUCUAUAGCUAUAAAUGCAAUAGAGAAGUAUGGCACUCCGGGUCGACGGCAUCGAAUCGAGCAUCUCGAACUCUCUUCUCCAGAAGAUGCAAAGCGACUGGGUAAACUGGGAAUCAUCGCAUCAAUUCAGCCAGUGCAUUCAGAUCCUGCAAUCCUUCGAGCAUGGUCUCACAUUCUAGGUCCUGAACGCUUGAAACGAGCAUUUGCGUACAAGGAGUUUCAUGAUCACGGUGCCCCUCUAGCGAUUGGUACAGAUACACCCACCGCACCGCACUUGCCGUUCCCUAAUCUUUAUGUUGCCACAACAAGAAAGUCUGCCAAGGAGCCUGAGAAGAACGAUGAGCCUGUAAAUCCAAAUUUUGCGCUUGGCAUCUAUGAUGCAAUUGCAGGCGCAACCGCAGGUGUGGCUUACUCGACAUUCGCUGAUGACCGACUUGGCACCCUGAGACCUGGACAGUUGGCGGAUUUUGUUGUGGUUGACAUGGAUUUCGAGAAUCCGGACACCUUAGUCAACACAAGAGUGGAACAAACUUGGUUCGGUGGCCGCAAGGUGUUUGGCUAAUGCCUUGUAGUAGACUACACAAGCAUGAAGAUCGGUGGACGGAAUGUUGAAGCUUCCUUGACUAUUAUAAUCCAGAUGCAAUUGAUAGUGCAACGGUUCGAUUGGACAUAAAAAAUAAGGAAAGUCAAAACAGAACCACUAAGAAGUCGACCAAACUAGGUCUUCAUAGAUUCCAAGAUUGAAUAUACGCCGACAGAAGAAAAUUCGUCCAAAGUCUCUUUCCACACCUUUUCAAUCAGCUUUUCGCCGUCUGGGCCGUACAGUAAAG